GUCCCCCCAACAAAAUGAACUAUAGACAAUGAGCAGAGCCUUGUCUAUAAUUGAGCAGAGGCGCAGUGUGGCCGGCACUUGUCCCAGCGCAACACACACACACUGCACUUCAACCAUGGAGGAGUACGCCAGAGAACCAUGCCCAUGGCGUAUUGUGGACGACUGUGGUGGCGCUUUUACAAUGGGCGUUAUUGGUGGAGGACUCUUCCAGGCAGUUAAAGGAUUCAGAAAUGCUCCAAGUGGCUUUUCCAGGCGGUUUGCUGGAAGCAUGGUUGCAGUUAAACAGCGUGCACCUAUUGUUGGUGGGCAGUUUGCCGUUUGGGGUGGAUUGUUUUCAACUAUUGAUUGUUCCCUUGUAUAUAUGCGCAAGAAGGAAGACCCUUGGAAUUCUAUUAUCUCGGGUGCUGCGACAGGUGGCAUUUUGGCAGCUAGAAGUGGAGCAGCAGCAAUGGCAGGUAGUGCAGUUAUUGGUGGAAUGCUACUAGCCAUGAUUGAAGGUGUUGGUAUCCUCCUCACACGCUUUGCUUCAGAUCAGUUCAAGCCAAUAGCACCAGGGGAGAUGGGUGAUCCCUCAGUCUUAGGUCCUCCUCAACCCAUUACCUUAAACUCUGAACCAAAUUACCAAUGAUUGCAUUUAAUUUAGAAAUUCCAUUCAGCUAUACAAAUGAAUGUUUAUUUUAGUUCCAGUAAAAAGUUUUGUUAAUUGUAGAAGACAUUUUACUUGUUCUUCCGAUACAAAUAUAGAAAAUCUCAUUCAAAUUUUACUUAUUCUUCCAAUACAAUAUAGAAAAUCUCAUUGCGUGCUUUAAAAUCGGUGUUAAAUUUUAACUAAUCCUACCAGAAAGUUGGAAUUAGUCUUCAAAAGUCACCUUUUGAAUUUUAGUAAUUAGCCGAGCAAUAUUCCAUAUUAGUUUCAAUUACUUUAAAAUUUUACUUUUUGGUUGACUUCAGCAGCUGUAAUCACCAUCUCCAUUGUUUCUUAACGUUCCUUUUGAGAAGGCAUGGUAAUUACAGCUGUUGCCUUCCAAAGUUAUAAAUUUUUCAGCAAGAAAGCUAAUUAUACAUACAUUUAUUACUCAAAAGAAAGUGAAAAAUGUAAAGUUAACACUUUGGUGAUCAGGCCUCUCUGGAUGUUCUCGACAGUAAACUUUCUGGAAUCCAUGGGUGGCUCAGGGAUGCAAAAAAAGUUUACAAUCAUUUAAUGUUUUCUAAGUUACUUGUUGGGUUAUAGCUAUAAAUUUGAUACAAAGAGAGUAAUCACACUAAUGUGACUGCAUCAAUGAGAAAAUCAGUAGGGAACGCUGCACGGUCCCAUGAAUCCUGUGUGGGGGGAACACACACUGCUUAGGUUCAAACCGUCAUCACGGCGCCCACAGAUUUUCUCUUAUAAAUUUGAUGUCGAAAUGUUUGCAUGUUAUUUCUGUCGCCGUCAUGCAUAAUAUACGUUUACGAAUUGCGAUGAGAUGACAUGUUUUAGUAUUGUUAUGUUUAUUGUCAGUAUGAAUAAUGCGUUUGCGUUAUCAGAAUGUAAAAGUGUUAAAAAUGCUAAUGUAUUUAAGUGUUUAGACUGGUGAAUGUUGUCAAUUUAUCUUGGAAGCAUUGCUUCAUUCUCAUGUUGGGUAAUAUGGCAAGUUGAUUUCCUUUGCUUCAUGAUGUGAGAAUCUAGCAUAUGUGGAGCAUUUUUCUCCAUGUAAAUACUGUACAGUGUAUCUGCAGAAAAUGAGCUAAAGCUAUCACUGUUAAAAUUUAAGUUAUAUUUUACUUUUAAUGUAUUUCAGUUUGUGUAAUAUAAUUUGAGAUGUAUUACUUUUCAAAUGGAAAUAUUUUGUACAAAAUAAAAACCUAGAAUAUUUUGAA